GAUGUUUAGGUAAAGACAGUGGGGACCGAGUAUAAAUAGAUUUUAUAUAAUCAGGACUGGAUCUGUGCUGAUUCAAGACGACCUAUCUUCAAGAUGAAGCUGCUGGUGCUAACCCUCCUGCUAGCUCUCGCAACUGCCGAUGUUAGCCAUCUAGGCUACCAAUUCAGAGCACCAGAAUACUCCCAAGGUGCCGAGAUCUCUAAUUAUGGUCUCUCAGGAUCAUCAACUCCAUCGUCUCUGUUGAACUCCGGAUUUGGUUUCACCACACCAGCCCCUAGUCUCGACCUCAACCAAGGAUUCGUUUCCUCGACUCCUGCUCCUGCGCCUUUGGGCUCAAACGUCGAAUUCCAGGGCUUCAAUUUUGGUGCCAAUCAAGGGUUGGUUUCGUCGACUCCUGCUCCUACCGUAGACCUCAACUCCCUGAGCUACUCAACCACUGCUAGGCCUUUAGGCUCAAACGGCGGAUUCCAGGGUUUCAAUUUCGGUGCCAACCAAGGGUUGGUUUCAUCGACUCCUGCUCCUAGCGUAGACCUCAACUCUCUGAGCUUCUCAACCACAGCUGCGCCUUUAGGCCUAAACGGCGGAUUCCAGGGAUUCAAUUUCGGUGCCGACCAAGGGUUGGUUUCCUCAACUGUAGCUCCAAAUGUGGAAAUUAACCCUGUCAGUUUAUCAGCACCUGCUGCUGUUGACUCUGGCUUCCAGGGUUUCAACUUCAACGGAGAACUUCUCAACGCUGGAUUGGGAUAUAACUCCUUUUCCACAGCUGCGCCUCAAGUUGGCUUAGGCUCGAACUCCUUUGUCCGUCAAAGUGCUUCAAGUGGUGGCUCCAUAGGUGAUGCCUUCGGGGAAGUGUCCGGAGGUUCAUACGAUCAAGUUCACGAACAAGAGGUUGCGAAACACGUCUAUUUCUACUCAGCUCCUGAAGAACACGAGCAAGUUCGUACUCAUAUCAACGUUGCUCCAGCUCAAUCUGCCAAGAAGAACGUCAAAUAUAUCUUUAUCAAAGCUCCAUCUGCUCCUUCUGCAGGACCAAUAGAGAUUGCCCCACCACCACAGACUCAAGAAAAGACUGUGGUAUACGUUCUGGUGAAAAAACCUGAAGAAGAACAACAGAUCUACCUCAAAAGCCCUGAACCUACAGCAGCAGCGAAGCCUGAAGUCUUCUUCAUCAAAUAUAAGAACCAACAGGAAGCCGAAGAAGCCAUCUCCAAAGUUCAGAGUGGACAAGCAGGUCCAGGAACUCAUCAAGCAGCUCAAGACCUCAGUGGUAGCGAUCACCUCAUCGAAACCAUCAACAGAGAAAGCUCAAACAGAGCCCAGCCCAUCAUAAAUUAUGUGAAAGAAGGCAAACCUAAUUCUCCUUUGAACGCUGGAUACAUUUCUUCUAACGUUGUCCCUAAUGCAGGGUUCAACGCCGGUUUUGCCCAAACCACGAGCUUGCCAGUCUUCAACCAAGGAAUUAGCUACACCACGCCUGCUCCUGGUUUAAACUUGAAUUCUGGUUUCCAGGGUUUCAGUUACACUACACCCGCGCCUAACUUGAACCUCGACUCAGCUUUCAAUCAGUUCCAAUUUAACUCGCCUAGUUUCGGAUCAGGCUUCAGUUAUUCCACUCCCAUACCAACCGUUAACAUCGGUGGCCAGAGAGCCUUCGAUUUUCAUACUGGAGUAGAUUUGAGUCAAAAUUUGAUCCCAUCAGAUUUCGGAAAAUCCAUCGUCUCUAGUACUGAAGCACCAGCUGUCGUGUCCAGCACUGUAGCUCCUGAAUCUAGCAGUCAAUCUGAAGCCGUUGAAACUGCUUCUCCCGAAUCUUAUUCAUCGUAUGAUUCACAAUACAAAAAAAGGAGCGUUCGCCGAUUUUAAAUGUGGUGCUAGAAAGUAAAGACGCUUUGUAACAUUUCAAGGAAACAAACUUUAUAUAAAUGACAAAUUUUCAACUACAACUCAAGUCAAUUUUUUAUACAUUGUAAGCUGCUCAACGUUUAUUUUUGUAAAUAGUCUGAAUAAACUUUUUUUUUAA